AAACACGCUGCCAAAUCAAGUGACCACAUCAGCUUGCAAAGCUCCACCGGCUGAGAGACUGCUGGCUCAUCCAUCGUUAGCUUUUCAUACAAUCCCAGUUGUUGCAUCGGUUACUUGAACAGUUUUAGAGACUGUUAUUAUAUUUUUUCGUGUUUUUGUUGUUCCUGUUGACAAUGGCUGAUCCUAAAUACGCAAACCUACCAGGAAUUGCUUUUAACGAACCAGACGUGUACGAAACCGGCGACCUUCCAGAGGACGACCAGGCUCAGUUUGAAUCGGAGCUGGAGGAGCUUUGCAGUGACAGCGUAGAGAGAAUUGUGGUCAACCCCAAUGCAGCCUACGACAAGUUCAAAGACAAACACGUCAGCACUAAAGGGCUUGACUUCUCAGAUAGAAUCAGUAGAAGCAGAAGAGUGGGAUAUGAGUCAGGAGAGUUUGAAAUCCUUGGUGAAGGCAGUGGUGUGAAGGAGACGCCCCAGCAGAAGUAUCAGCGCCUGGUUAAUGAGAUCCAAGAACUCGUUCAGGAGGUGGACACCAUCCAGGCCGCUGCAAAGGAAAGCAAUGCAGAGGAGCGCCUCACCCCGGUGGUGCUUGCUCAGCAGGCAGCGCAGCUCAAACAACAGCUGGUUUCUGCUCAUCUCGAUUCCUUGCUGGGACCACAGGCUCACAUCAACCUGGCUGAUCCAGAUGGAGCACUUGCCAGGCGUCUGCUCACCCAGCUGGAGGUGGCGAAGGGCAGUCGUGGCAGCCCCACAGGAGAUGGCAAACCCUCUUCAACAAAGGGACCAGAUGGAGUGGUGCUCUACGAGUUACACAGCAGACCAGAGCAGGAAAAAUUCAAUGAGUCUGCCAAGAUGGCGGAACUGGAGAAGCGUCUAGCUCAGAUGGAGUCUGCUGUUGGUUCAGGAUCAGACAAGCAGGGACCUCUGAAUGCUGGUGUACAAGGAGCCAGUUUGAUGGAUACCAUUGAGCUCCUGCAGGCUAGGGUCAGCGCGCUGGACUCUGCUACACUGGAUCAAGUGGAGGCGAGACUGCAGAGUGUCCUUGGGAAGAUGAAUGAGAUUGCUAAGCACAAGGCAGCGAUUGAAGAUGCUGAAACACAAAACAAGGUGUCGCAGCUGUAUGAUGUGGUGCAGAAGUGGGAUGCCGUUUCCACCUCCGUACCUCAGGUGGUUCAGAGGCUUGUUGCUGUGAAGGAGUUGCAUGAGCAAGCCAUGCAGUUCGGCCAGCUGCUGACUCACUUGGACACGACUCAGCAGAUGAUCAACAACUCUCUGAAAGACAACAGCAGCCUGCUAACACAGGUCCAGCAGACAAUGAAGGAAAAUCUGGUGGCUAUUGAAGAGAACUUUGCAGCUCUGGAUCAGAGGAUGAAGAAGCUUUCCAAAUAAACUGGAAGUUUGAAUCAGUUCAGGAGAGUAAAACAUGGACAAAUAUUUGGUUGGAGAGCACAGAUCCGAGGCGUUUGGGGUGUAGCUUUGUGCUUUCUGGACAUUCCUCUCUUGACUUCAGCCUCUGCCGUUUUUCUCUAAGUGGAAUGUUAGAAAGUUGACAAGAUGGGAAAAACAAAAAGGAGACCAAAUGUUCUUCAGAUGUCCACCCUCAUUUCCUCUUCCUUGCAUAAAACUGAUGUAAUUUGAAAAUCUCUUUAAUUCCAAACAUCCCACUGAAUACAGUCUCCUGUUAAGCUUAUCAAGUUUUAGACUGGACUGUUUUUAUUUUUAUUCACAUAGGAGGUUCUCCUAUUUCUCCUGGAGAUUUACACUACUAGUGGAUUUGUACUGUAACUUUGGAAUAAAAUGAAUCCCAGUUUGGUUGUAAGAUUUAAAAAAAAAAUGCUCUUAAAUGUAAUAAAUUAAGACCUAUUGUCCUUUAUUGUCGAAGCAUGUUGGUGUGGGUAUGAUAGGGAAGGAAAGCUUGUAAAUAUGCCGGUUUACGUUAUUGAUUCUUCACACUCGGUCGCUUGUAACUAUAUUAUUAUGACCGAGAUGCCGCAGACACACUUUUAAUCUGCUUUCUCAUUGCUUACAACUGUGCUGUUCAUCUGGGGGUCACUGAAGCUGAACAAUAAAUCAAACUGUCAGAAA